UCCCAAGAUCACACUGCUGCUGCUGCUGCUGCCGCUGUCGCCGUCGCCACUGCUGCUGCAUACUCGGCUUUUACACCACCUACUGCAAAACUGAGCCAAGGAUAAGGGGCUCAUGCGAGGCUUAAAGCACAACCCUUCUCCCUAUUAGAGCUGCAUGAAGGUGCUUUUAAAGAAGAAAUCUCCAUACAAAGCCAAACACGAGCAAGGCAAGAAAACCGUCUCGCCAACAGAGAACAAAACAAACGGGCGUGAAAUGGAAUGUGACAAGAAAAGCAGCGAUUCGGAAGGCAUUGAUCAAGGCAAGAACUGUAAAAUGUCUCUAGUGACUCUCAACAUCGGCGGCUACCUGUAUGUCACACAAAAGCAAACACUAGCCAAGUAUCCAGACUCUCUGUUGGAAAGAGUUGUCAACGGAAAAAUCCUGUGCCCAGCUGAUGCAGACGGCCAUUAUUUCAUAGACAGGGAUGGGCUGCUAUUCAGGCAUGUUCUGAACUUCCUCCGGAAUGGAGAACUGCUUCUGCCGGAGGGAUUUCAAGAGAACCAACUUCUGGCACAGGAGGCAGAAUUCUUCCAGCUUAAAACAUUAGCCGAUGCUGUGAAGUCCCGGUGGGAGAAAGAGCAGCUGGCGCCCAGAGAAACCACCUUUCUGGAAAUCACAGACAGCCACGACCGCUCCCAGGGCCUCCGGAUUUUUUGCAGUGCUCCUGACUUCAUCGCAAAGAUAAAAUCUCGCAUCAUUUUAGUGUCCAAAAGCAGGCUGGAUGGCUUUCCGGAAGAGUUCUCCGUCUCAUCCAACAUUAUACAGUUUAAAUACUUCAUCAAGUCGGAAAACGGAACGCGGCUCGUUUUGAAGGAAGAUAACACGUUUGUUUGCACCCUGGAAACGCUGAAGUUUGAAGCGAUCAUGAUGGCUCUAAAAUGUGGAUUUAGGCUGCUGACCAGCCUGGAUUGCUCCAAGGGGUCCAUUGUGCACAGUGAUGCUCUUCAUUUUAUCAAGUAAUGACCUCUUUUUCACUCAAUGGACAAAAGGCCAGAAGCAUGCUGCAGCCUGCCAAUCUCAUCAAACUACCAGAAAUCACAACCAAUUUAUCCCGCUCUGUCCUCCACGGAGCACUGCUGCUAAGGAAUAAAUGUGAGCUAAUGGUAUGUAAAUUGUUACAGCCACCUCUGAGUUAAUUGUGCCUAAAUUUAAUAAUAAAAAAAUGUAUUUACUAAA